AUGAGAGGUUUUGUAGUUCUUUGUGCUGCUCUUUUCUCGAUGCAAGGGUCGUUCUGCAUUGCCUUACUUCCCAAGCAACGCUCUCAGGACCUUCCCUUCAUAAAUACCCUUUCACGCCAGGUGCACUCCCUUCAAUUUAAGGCUUUGCCAAGUCCCUCCCAUUUUCGUUCGGCGGCUUUACCCCCUUCUUCCUGUCCUUCAUCUUCUCUCGUACACCGACGGAAGGAGCCUUUUCGGUUUCCAGAAAGUCCCCGGAACAAACCUACUACCGCUUCCGCGAGUCCUGAUGGGCCGUCGUGCGGUCAAACCGAACACAACAUGCCUCCUACCGCUCCACUCUUAGUCCAUAGUGCUCCCAAACCCUUAUCAUCUUCGGGAAUUCUGCCUGUUGUUGCCGUUGGUGGCCGAUGGUGUCUUCUUCUGUAUAAUGCAACGGGUGGGAGUAAAGCGAAUGUGCUGACAGAUUUUGGGGGGAAGAGGGAAUACGUUGAGCCUUCGGGUCAUCUGGCACCUCCGCCCCCUCCCUCUGGCAUUAGGAGCCCUACCCAAACCCUCGAGACCCCUACUGCCUGCGCUGCAAGAGAGCUGUAUGAAGAGACAGGCGGAUUGUGGGGGUUAGGUGCCCUCGUUUCUCCGCCAAUCGGGCCUAGGCCUAGGGCCCCUGUCCCGGUCCAGUCCAUCGAUCCGAGGAGCAAAAGGAAUAAGAAAAAGAAUAAGGCUAGAGAGCAAGGGCAGUGUAGCAACGAGAAACAGAUACAGCAGCAUAAGUAUGAAGAAUCAAGCGUCCAGCAACGCACACAAAAGGAAAGGGAUGUAGAGGCACUGCUAGAAAGCCUCUCGCUUGAAUGUUCCUCGGAGUCCUGCGGACCUACUGUGACCUCUGGGGCCCAGAGAGGCUCCCCUACUAGAAUCGAGGAUCCACUGAAGGAUAUACUCGAUGCAUGCAAAGAAGUGAGAAACUUAGGUGGCACAUCUGCAUAUGGUGCUCUAUGGGGAGCCCUAGUUUACCCCAUUGGUCCAUCACUGCGCGACUGUCUCACAGGCCUUUCAGGAUCCGUCGUGUGUCCGUGCCUUGCUACUUUUUCAUUCGGAACGCUCGAAAGGGAUCGAUAUUCGUGCACUCUGCGUCAUUUGUCCUUCAUCCCAUCUUCUCUUUUUUUAAACUUAAGAGGGGAAGAAGGUGAAGGAGCAGAGAGAAACAGGCGCUUCUUCUUGAUGCAUCUCGGCUGCUCCGAAAGCAACCAAAGGCAGCCCCCCGAGCUACCUCUGUUCCAUAUUCGACUCCGCACAAGGAACAGAGCGGCUCUUUUUCAGAAAAUAAUCCAAACGCCAGUGAUGGGGACCUCCGGGGAGGGCUUAGCACUUCAAUCCAUGUGCAUAGCCAAUGAAUCCUGUAUUCCAUUGCCCAUUAGGGAUACUGCGGAUGGGGGCCCCCAUCAGGUAGCUCUCACGAAGACGUUGGAGGAAGAUCCCAGCGACGCACGAGGGAUAGAGCCUUCAUCACCUGGAGGCCCCUGUAGAAGGGCUCAAAAUGGGACACCGCAUAAAACCUUAGCUAGGGGCCCUACUGGUGAAUCUGUGGAACCUCCCACGAACUUGCUGGAUGUGUUGUUGCCGUCUCGAAGCUUCAUUUUGCAUUCAGCUUCUGCGCUGAGGAAGUACCUAAGAGAGCACACCAGAGGCCUAAUGUCACGCUGCGGGGGAUAUAAGAAAGACUUUGUAAACCCCGCGCAGUCCUUUGGAUUCGUUGGAGAGGAGGCUGCAGUAGGGGCCCUGUUGAAGAGCUCUUUAUGGUGA